CCGUGUUGGUUUUUCAAUUAGAUGUAGACACAAACAAAGCAGGGAUGGGAGGAUCCUUCGAUGUUUUUUAACAGUUUUUCUUAAGCAGAUAAUCUGUAAACAUGAUGGAAAAGAAGGUAAAGCUGAAGACGGUGAACCCUCACAUCUGCUGUACUUUGUGUAAGGGAUACCUCGUAGAAGCCACCACCAUCACAGAAUGUCUCCACACAUUUUGUAAAAGUUGCAUCGUUGGAUAUUUGAAAAAGGAAAAAAAUUGUCCAAAAUGUGACAUUCUUAUUCAUCAAAGUCACCCCUUGAAUUACAUCAGCCAUGACAGAACUAUGCAAGAUAUUGUGUACAAACUGGUUCCAAAUCUUCAAGAAAAAGAAAAGAAAAGGCGUCAAGAAUUUGCAUCCAAGCAUGGUCUUUCAGAGGAAGUAAAAGAAGAACCACCUUGCCAGUCUAAUGAAAAAGAAAAGGAAGAUGAAGGAGCAGACAAGGAUUACCACAGGAACGACGAACAGGUGAACCUCUGUCUGGAGUGUAAAGGGAACCUGAAGCACCUCAAGAAGAAGUACCUCAGAAUCUCCUCACAGGCCACCAUUUGUCACCUCAAGAAAUUCCUCGCUCUCAAGGUCUUCAACGAUAUCUCCAAAUAUGGAGACGUAGAAAUAUUGUGCAAUGAUGAACUUUUAGGAAAAAGUCACACCCUCAAAUUUGUGGCUGUCACAAGAUGGAGAGUUAAGGAACGCAAUAAAGGCAAUGACGUCACAAUAGCUUACCUUGAAUUUCGGGUAUUGCUACCCAGCGGUGGAAAUGUCGAAAUGACAGAAGGAAAGAAAGUUGUUAAGAAAUCGGCGUUGAAGACGCCGAGGCUGAGAUCAGUGAUUCAAAAAGGAGACACGGCGGGCAAGGUUAGCAACGUGAUUGGCAAGUGGAAAAUGAAAGCCAACAAAAGCAAGGAAACCCUACUGGUGCCUGUUGAGGAGGUCAAGAUCCCGUCGGCCAUGAGGAACUUGCAUCACCUUAAAAUUCGAAGGGAAGAUCUGGACAGAGUAAGACAGAACAGCAAUCCCGUAAAAGCACGGCGAUUGCCGCCUCGUCUGCAACAAGUUGUAGUUCGUCGAACAAAGAAAACCGACCAAAAUGUUGUCACUUACGCAGUGUUGAAGCCAGCCAAUGAGGACUUUGUUCUUCCGCCUGUUGAUGUAACUAACUACGCGGGGCCAAGAUUUGACUGCGAAGGAAAUUUCAUUUCAUAUAGCAUUCUCGGAAGUCUGUCGGAAUUCAAAAGGGUCGCAAAGGAGCGCGGGGAAUUCAAUGAACUUUUUGUUGCUGAAAACGCAAAAACGGCUACAUCGAUGAAAAAAGUAGGCGAACAACAGUGUUCUUCGUUGAAACUUUGGAAAGAUAGGAUAAAUGAGUGGAAUGAAAUUCACAGAACCUUGUCACAAAGGUCUAAAAGACCAGUGGAGGAUUUACUUAUGAGAACACCCAACGAAUAUCCGGAAAUCGUAAAUCAACGCGCAGUUAUUGAAAUGGCCUUGGAAACAUCAUGCGGUUGUGAUCAAAAGAGAGAAAAUGCUAAUUUUUUCAAGCUACGCAAUACGAUUGGCAAAGGCGAUUGCUCAGUCUUCUCCACGCUCGGCAAGUCGGUAACAAAUGAAUACACUCCUGUAGAGAUCUUUCAAGUCCCUGACGUCAUUGACCAGGAGAAAGGGUCGGACACGCCGUCACUCCGUAGAGGUUAUCCCGUCUACCACACACCAUAUCUACAGACCAGGGCGUCAGAGAUUCAGGAGAGCACCCACAUGUUCAUUCCUCAGGCGCAGCAGCUUAAACAGCUGCAAGUUGUUGGAGUAUCCUUUUCAAAGCAGAUGGGUCAGGAAAGGUUAAUCAAAAAACUCGAAUCCUCUAUCGUUGAACCUGUAGAAUCUCAGAAUGGGGUUAAGACUGGACAACAAGAUGUUGGAUCGAAAUACCCGAUAGGUUUCACUGGACCUGCUCUCAUGGUUGGAAAUCAGCUGAUCAAAUGGGAGGGUCACGGACUAUCUCAACAAGGUCAAAUUGGAAUUAAAACUUUCAUCGUGUUUGAUGGAAAUCAAAACGAGUGUCUACACAAUAGGAUACGGCUAGAGAACGUGGGCACCACGCGACUGGUUUACGAUUUGACAAGAGCGCCGGUUCGAAAUUCUUUUGACAUCCCUAGAUCGAAGGAAAAGCGGUUCUUCUUACUAUCAGAAGGGGGAGUUCUAGCUGCCAGUGAAAGUCUGAUGCUACCAGUUAUUUGCAAGUCAAAAACUCCCGGGAUCUUUCAAGAAUCGUGGGCUAUAAAAACUUCACCAGUUUUAGGUUGUGGGUCGGACAUCAUUGUAAAUUUUAAAGCCAUUAUUCAUAGUACAGAGAACUAUACGCAGAAAUUUGCUAUAAUUGAAGAGAAACUUUUGCAAAACAAAGCGAUGACAAUUGUGAGGGAAGUUGUUAGCAGACUAGUGGAUAGUAUUUGUUCUCCAGACCCUCCCGCAACGCCUACAUCUGAGUUCAUUUCAGAAGAAGAACAGUUCAACGCCGAGAAUCAAGGGCUAUUGUACCACAGCACCACAAUUCGCGCAAUGGAAAAUUACCACAGUUUCCUGAUAGAAAAUAUUCCGGUCAUUCCUGAACAAUACCGGGAAUUCUCGUUGUCAAAUCUUAGAAAGUCCAUUAUCAUAAUGACCGAUAUCGAGGAAGGGGAAUUAGACAACCCGUCACCACUAAUUGCUGAAAUGGAUGAGGACUGGGAUUUCACUAAACGCCGACUACUGUGGCGGUAUCUAAGACAAGUGAACAAGCUGGGCUGUGUGUGGCCUGAACCUUCACAAAAUCUCGGGGACAUCACGUUCAGAGGUUGUCGCGCUGUUCUUGCUUCGAUAUUUGAUCGUUUUAGCGAUCGCUCAACAAGCAUGGCCGUCUUUCUUAACCUUCCCAUGAAAUCUAAUAAAGACCAAGUUGAGAAAACGGUCGACAAGAAAAAUAAUCACAAGGGAGGUAAACAGAGGAGCAAUCAAGUUGUCUCUAAAGUAAAGAAAGGGAAGGACGCGCCGUCUCCAAUGAGAGCGAGAACUCCCACCCAAACACCGUCAAUCGUCCGGAAGUCAGCCGUCAGCCCCUCAAUGGACGACCAGCCUGAUGAUGUCAUGGAAAGUUUCAUCCCGGUCCCCAAAGAAAGUGAACAUGAGAAAGAAAAGUUGAACUUUUACAGCGGCAAACUGCAACAGAUAAUAGAUGAGGCACAAGCUUGUAUACUACAUCCUGCAGAGUACGGUCUGGUCGAAGAUGAAGAAGAGGCUGAGUCUCAUGAACUUUGA